GUCACAGCAAAGCCUGCACCUCCGAGCACCGCGCGCGGUCCUGCCCCCGGCACUGCCCACAGGGGCGCUUCUUCUCCGGCUGCUUGUAGCACCGGUCUCACUGUCCCCACCGUCAGCCACCAGUUCCUUAUCAGUCUCAUUCCCCAUUGUGGCUUUACUGAGCCCGUCGCCAGGCCUCGCUGUCUUCUUUGCCUUCCUCUCUCCUCCUCAGCGGCCGUACUUUGCGCCGUACCUCACCUGGCCUGCAGGAUGAAGAACCCCAUGCUGGAGGUGGUGUCUCUACUACUGGAGAAGCUGUUCCUUAUCUCCAACUUCACGCUCUUCAGUUCGGGCGCCACGGGCGAAGACAAAGGGAGGAACAGUUUUUAUGAAACCAGCUCCUUCCACCGAGGCGACGUGCUGGAGGUGCCCCGGACCCACCUGACCCACUAUGGCAUCUACCUAGGGGACAACCGUGUUGCCCACAUGAUGCCUGACAUCCUGUUGGCUCUGACGGACGACAUGGGGCGUACGCAGAAGGUGGUCUCCAAUAAGCGUCUCAUCCUGGGCGUCAUUGUCAGAGUGGCCAGCAUUCGCGUGGACACAGUGGAGGACUUCGCCUACGGAGCUAACAUCCUGGUCAAUCACCUGGACGAGUCCCUCCAGAAGAAGGCACUGCUCAACGAAGAGGUGGCGAGGAGGGCUGAGAAGCUGCUGGGCUUUACCCCCUACAGCCUGCUGUGGAACAACUGCGAGCACUUCGUGACCUACUGCAGAUAUGGCACCCCGAUCAGUCCCCAGUCCGACAAGUUUUGUGAGACUGUGAAGAUAAUUAUUCGUGAUCAGAGAAGUGUUCUUGCUUCAGCAGUCUUGGGAUUGGCGUCUAUAGUCUGUACGGGCCUGGUGUCAUACACUACCCUUCCUGCAAUUUUUAUUCCAUUCUUCCUAUGGAUGGCUGGCUAACUUCAUACCCCCAUGUCAGUGUGUGUAUUCUGUAUGUAAAUAUUUUUAUAUUUAUAGAGCAUCAAUCAGUAUAAGCAUUAUUGAGAAAAAUGUGACCUGUAACACUGUGUUCUGGAUAAAAAUGUGAUUAGGAAUCACGCAGAGUGCUUACUGUGUAAGCCCAAGAACAAAGGCUUUCUAAAUCUUCUCAGGCAGUUCAGAUUUAAAGCACCAUCCAAACCUUGGAAAUAUGACAGGUUGUGGUAGAAUUCAGC